AUGUGGAUAUUAAUUUUCAAAAUAGUUACUUUGACAGGACCAGUUAUUUUAACAUGUAUCCAAUGUAGUCAUAAUUGGACGUUUAUACUUAUUGCAUUGAGUAAGCUUGCACCAGAUACCUUCCUUCUGGCCAAGAACUAUGUUCAUGGAUAUGACUACGAUGAUGGUGACUUCCUCGAUGAUAAUUUUCGUUGCUUUAUUGCCUUCGCAACAUUUGCAUUAUGCGUUUGUGGUUGGGUAGCUUCAGCAAAUUUCGUUUUCAUUGCAACUGAUCAUAGCCCAAACGAUAUUACUGUUCUAACUUGGAUAAGCAUA